AUGGCCACGCUGAAGUUUGUUAACUCGGUAUGGGCAAAUUUUCGGGCGACCUCUGGGUUGGAACCAAGGCUGCUGGACAACGUACGUUCUCGUCCAGGAACGGUCAAUUUUGAGCUGGAUGUGCAGAAAGAACACACAAACCGAUUGGGAAUCCUUCAUGGAGGCACAAUCGCCAGCAUGGUGGAUCUUGGAGGGUCGCUUGCUGUCGCCUCUCAUGGCCUCUUUGCGACUGGCGUAUCGACUGAUUUGAAUGUCACGUAUCUGGGCUCAGGUGGGAAGAUUGGCGACAAGAUACUGGCUGAGGUAACAUGCGAUAAGUUUGGCAACAGGUUAGCCUAUACAAGCAUAAAAUUUACCAACACAGCGGAUAAAGUUGUGGCAAGGGGCAGCCAUACGAACCUUCAGGGACCCAAGAAACAUCAUGGAAGAAAAAAAGAAGCCCUGAUAUAUGUGGACACUGAGAAAACUCUCUUAGCGAAUCCCGGAUGGCUACAAGAUAUUGAAUAG